AUGGAUAGUGUCUCUUUAGGCCAAACGCUAGGUUCUAAAGUUGGCCGGCGAAUAUAUUUACCAGCUUCAUUUCUCGGAGGCCCGCGGGAUAUGAGGCGUAGAUAUCUUGAUGCAAUGGCUCUAGUCCAGAAAUAUGGAAAACCUGACAUUUUCUUGACCAUGACAUGCAAUCCCUUGUGGCCAGAAAUUAAGGCACAUUUAAAGUACAAAGAGAAACCACAGGACAGGCCCGAUCUUUUAGCUAGAGUGUUCAGGGCAAAGUUUAAAAUCCUGAAAACAGAGUUGGUUACAAAGAAAUUAUUUGGAGACGUUGCAGCAUAUGCUUAUGUUAUUGAAUUCCAAAAAAGAGGCUUCCCUCAUGCUCACCUACUGCUUAUAUUGAAACCGCAGUUUAAGCCUCUUAAUCCAGAGGCCUAUGAUAAAAUUGUUUCUGCUGAACUGCCUGAUCGUAAAGAACAUCCUCAUCUUUAUUCUCUAGUUGUAAGGCACAUGAUUCACGACCCUUGUGGAAAAAUGAACAGAAACAGCCCUUGUAUGAAAAACGGUGUUUGCAAAAAUCACUAUCCAAAAGGGUAUUCUGAACAUACGACUCACGGCGAGGAUAGCUAUCCGAAUUAUCGUAGGCGAAACGAUGGCAGGAAAAUCAGAGUCAAAGGCUAUGAUUUGGAUAAUAGGUGGGUCAUCCCGUAUACUCCGUACUUGCUAGCUUUGUUUGAUUGUCACAUCAAUGUCGAAAUCUGUUCGACUAUCAAAUUAGUCAAGUAUUUAUAUAAAUACAUAUUUAAAGGGCAUGACCUUGUCAACUUCCACAUCAUAGCUGAUGAAACACCUCAGGAUAUCGAUGAGAUCAAGGCGUUUCAGCGAGGUCGCUGGGUUUCUCCUCCAGAAGCUUUGUGGCGGAUUUAUGCAUUUCGCUUGAAUGAAAUGACCCCUGCUGUUUACAGUCUUCAGGUUCAUCUUCCUGGUCACCAAUAUGUUUCCUUCAAUCAGGAUUCUGAUCUUUCACAACUCUUAGAGAAAAUUGACUUCUCCAGAACUAUGUUAACUGAGUUCUUUAGAAUGAACCGUGUAAACAAAAAAGCUCAAAGCCUCAGAUGUUUGUAUAGAGAUUUUGCUCAGCACUUUGUGUGGACACCUGCUAAGAGAAAGUGGACAGAAAGAAGUAAGCAUAAGGUUAUUGACAGGUUAGUCACUGUCAAACCAAGCGAAAGGGAUAUGUAUUAUUUAAGACUUCUUCUCUCACAUGUUCGCGCUCCUACAUCCUUUGAUGACUUGUUGACAGUUAAUGGGUGUAAACUGAAUUCGUUUAGAGAGGCUGCUUUAGAGCUAGGCCUCUUAGAAUCUGAUUCCUAUAUUGAGGCAACACUUGAAGAAGCUGCUGGUUUUCAGAUGCCUUCUUUGCUUAGAUUUUUAUUUGCUACUUUGCUUUUGCAUUGUGCUCCAACAAAUCCAAGCCUUUUGUGGGAAAAAUUUGAAAUGGUACUUUCUAGAGACUUCGCACGAGCGCAGGUACAAACUCAUUGUUCAGCUGCUGAAAUAAGGCGGAAAGUUCUGUUUGAUAUUAACAAAUCGCUCCAGCAUAUGGGGAGGCAUAUCAGUGAGUACAAGUUGGUUGCAGAUUCUAUUACUCUCGGCUGUCAUGAAAGCAUGACUAAGGAAGUGGACAGUGAAAUGAAUAUUGUGGUGUCGCCGGAAGAUCUCUUGAUAGCUUCUAAGUUAAAUGCAGAGCAAAAACAUGCUUAUGAUUUGAUAUUGCAGUCUGUUUUUUCAUCCAGAGGCCAGAGUUUUUUCAUUGAUGGUCCAGGUGGGACCGGAAAAACGUUUUUGUAUCGCUCUCUUCUUGCGACACUUAGAUCGCAGGGAUAUAUUGCGAUAGCUGUAGCAACUUCAGGAGUUGCAGGAUCACUUCUUCCUGGAGGAAGGACUUCUCACUCCAGAUUUAAAAUUCCGUUGGACUUUUCCAGGAAUAAAACGUGUCAGUUGAGCAAGCAGAGCAGCAUGGCACAGUUAAUCAUUCAAUGUAGGUUAUUCUUGUGGGAUGAAGCAUCAAUGGCAAAAAGAGACACUAUUCAGGCAUUUGACGAAUUGUUGAAAGAUCUAAUGGAGACUAGCGAUUCUUUUGGAGGUAAAGUUGUAGUUGUCGGGGGCAAUUUUCGCCAAACUCUCCCCGUUAUUCAAGGGGCUACCAAGGACCAACUAAUUCAGGCUAGCCUCCUGCAUUCUUCAUUAUGGUCUAGUAUGCACAAAAUAAAGCUAAAACAUAACAUGAGGGCUGUCUUAGAUCCUGCCUUUUCGCGGUUCUUGCUCGCUGUUAGGGAAGGUGCAGAACUUGUUGAUGCAAAUAACCAGAUUUGUUUACCAGGUCAUAUGGUUAUACCAUUCCACAAUAUAAAAGAUUCUUUAGACAGGCUGAUAGCUUACACAUUUCCAGAUUUGAAUCUCUACUCAUCUAAUCCGUAUGAGAUGAUCAGUAGAUGUAUUUUAACCCCAAAAAAUACCUCUGUUGAAGACAUCAAUGAAAUGAUGAUUCAGAGGUUUCCUGGACAGCUUUUUACUUAUACAAGCUCUGACCAAACUGUUGAUCAGAGAUUCCAGGCAGAUUAUGGGGACUUUUUGAAUUCUCAAAAUCCAAAGGGUCUUCCUCCACACAAGCUCAUGCUAAAAGAAAGCUGUCCCUUAAUCUUGCUCAGAAAUCUAAAUCCAGCUGAAGGAUUGUGCAAUGGCACAAGACUUAUUUGUCGGCAGCUAAGACGGCACACUAUCUGUGCUGAGAUAGCUUUUGGUCAGCAUAAAGGGAAGAAGAUUUUCAUUCCCAGGAUCCCAUUGCAGACACCUGAUAAUGAAAAAAAUGGGAUUCCAUUCAUCAGAAGACAAUUUCCAGUUCGCCUUUGUUUUGCAAUGACAAUUAAUAAGGCUCAAGGCCAAACUCUUGACUAUGUUGGUGUAUAUCUAAAGGAGCCCGUAUUUUCUCAUGGCCAACUAUACGUUGCCCUGUCCAGAGCAAAAACUGCUGAUGCAGUUAAAGUCCUCAUACUCCCAGGAACUUUUCCUGAAAUCAAAACUGACUGCAAAACAAGAAAUAUUGUGUUUGAUGAAAUAUUGCAGUUGUCUAAUUGA